AUGGGUAAUUCAUUUUCAUGUUAUGACGAAAAAAAGAGAAGAGGUUUAAUUUUGCUACCUGAGAAUUAUAUUAGUUACAAUUUAAAUGACGAUAAUUAUAAAAAAUAUGAAGAAACGACACUUAAAAAAAAUAUAGAAAAAGAAAAUAUAUUAAAUAAUGAUCUAUCUACAAAAAAUAAUAAAACCAUAAAUGAAAAAGAAGAUGAUCAGUUAAGUGAAGCUGUGAUAAAUGAUUUAAUAAAAGAAAACGAACUUUAUAUAAAAAAAUAUAAAGAUGAUUUAAUUAAUCUUAAUAAAGAAUCCCUUAUGAUUCCACAAACAAAAAAUGAAUGUUUAUAUGAUGAAGAUAAAAUAUAUAAUUGUCUUAAAAACAUGAAUGAAUCUACAUCUGGAUUUUUAAAUUCAUAUUCGAGGUGUUAUAGAUAUUUGAGGAAAUAUGAAAGCUGUGUACAAAAAAUUAAAAUAUAA